UGUCUGCUCCGGGGCUUUACCUCAGGACAGAUGUCUGCGCUAAGGGCUGUUAGCACAUCAGAAAGUGUUUGCUGAGCCUGGAAAUGGGUUAGCCCUUCCUGGACGUUGACCAAAAUACAUAUUGUAGGGUUAUCAACCCCUCCUACAGUGGGGGAGCCUGGCAGGCGGGGAGAGGUGCCAGAGGACUCAGGAUCCCCCCAAACAGCCCAUCAACAGUUAGACUUUUUCUUUCUUUUCUUUUCUUUUUUUUUUUUUUAACCAAACCCAGAAUGUAUGUUUCAAUCCAGGGAUUCCUCGGGGGAGACCCUGGGGUGGGAGGAGGCAUCUGGCUGACAGUUGGAACGCUCUUAGGGUGACCCUGAAAUGCAUGUGUCUUGACUUUGUUGCUCGGGAAUCGUGGCAAAUUAAGGGGUGGCUGGUUUCUGUGGACCUGUCAGAGCUCCCAGGGGCGAACCCACAGGGUGUGAAGAGAGAAGAGGUGAGGGAGAGAGGACACUACAGGCAGAUGGAUGGGGGCGCUCCGGGAGGCGACCCUUCAUCCAGGCGUCAUCCCAGGUGCUCCCAUCAGUCACUCAGGUUCCAGGGUUCGCCUGCCCCCGCCACCUGCGUGCAGGGCACGCCGUGGGUGCUCGGUCACUCCCGAGUCCCUGCAGGGCUCCGCUGUUUGGGCACAGCUGCGCUGCAGUAGCCCAGUGCAGGUGGUGGGCGGGGUGGGCCCCGUGGCCGCGCUGGGAGGUCACCUGUCUGUCGAGCUUCACUCUAGAUUCCUGCUGUCCCACCCCACCCCCAGCAUAAACUUGGCUAAAAUUUUAUUUAAUUUUUUGGACCAGUUGCUUUAUCUCUCGUGCCCUCUCAGAGGGCCAUACGUGUAUAAAGUUCUCCCCAAAUUUGCUAAAUGAUUAACAGCGACUGGGCCGGUGUAACGAGGCCAGACUAAAGCACUGACCUUUAUUUUGUAGGUGGGAGGCUCAGAUGUGCGCGAAGGAGAGAUUUUCAAGGAAACAAAGUGGGUGAGGACAGGGAAAUAGAAACUCGUAGGAUUGGGAGUUGUUUUAUCUGUCAGGGUUUACUAAGGAGUCCUUAGUUUAUCUCGUGUAGCUGCUGUGUUUGUCACAAGUGGCUCUGAGAAUUAAAUUAGACGCAGCUGAUGAAAGCUGGUGCCUGUUAGGCAGUUUCCCUUCUUUCUCUUCUGCUUUUAAAAAUUAAGACUUGGGCAUACUCUAAAUGAAGCAAAUAAUACAAAUGUGUGUCGGUGUGGGAUUUGGGCCUGUAAAGAAGGGGCAGGGAAUGCAACAGCCAGAAGUGGGCAGGUUCAACUCCAUGCAAAUGCAGCAGGCUUUGGAACGACAAUCAAAAAAGUAAAAAAUGUGCUUUAAAUACAUUUAAAAAAAGGCUUCCGGGAACAUCAUCAGUCUGUUAACCAAAUAUUUCAGGCUCCAUCUGAAGCCUGGAAGCCCAGGAAUUUUGGAAAUAUGGCCCUUUUUGCAUUUGCAGUGGUAGAAACCUCAAACUUCCUGCUCUGGAAAGUGGGGGUGGCCACGGGGCUGUGUUUUUGAAUGAAGAAAAGGGCUUUUUCUGUCCCUGGGUGGGUGCUGCCACCUGGUGUCUGUAAGCGGGACGGCGACUCCAGCUCCCCGGGCAUCGCCGAGGGUAAACUGAGCGAGAGGCUCUUGUUUCGGUUGAGGCUUCCAGGAUAGGGGGAUGGGGUUUUGAGGCCCACUUAGCCUGGACAUAGAUUUUUUUUUUUGCAGUGGUGAGGCAUGGACUCCUUGGUUUUUCUUCCUUUUACUGUAGAGCUCCUGAGUGUGGGUGCUGCCGCAUUCUGGACCUCCGCCCUGCCGGGUCCGGUGGACCGGCCUCUCCUGGACGUGCUUUCCAGGGGCCUCCUGGUGAGGGGCCGUGUGAGCUGAGUGCAGCCUGAGCCACAUACUGUGAAAAGGAGCCAAACCCUGGAUCUCAAUAUUUGCAGCUUUCUUACUAUUUGGUGAACUUACGGUGUCCGCUCAUGGCUUGCUCUGGGCAGAUGUUUACUAAGGAGGCCGGAUUCCGGAGAUGCGGAGAUGGCGUGGGACCCCAGCCAAGCACGGAGGGACUUUUGGACAAGAGUAAAUGAAGGACAGCAGCAUGGCCAGCGUGCUGUCCCGGCGCCUCGGUAAGCGGUCCCUCCUGGGAGCCCGGGUGCUGGGCCCACCCGGGGCUGCCCCAGCCCUGGAACCUCAGGCAGAGCUCCUGGAAGGGCCAUCUUCCCAGCCCGGCCUCGCCUCUAAGGACACUUACCGCCUGGAACAGCCCAAAGAGGUCCUCAAGGGCCCCUGCCCCUCAGGCCUGCCGCCUGUGGUCUUUCAGCCUGGGCAGAAGGUUUACGUGUGGUACGGCGGUCAGGAGCGCGCUGGGCUGGUGGAGCAGCACAGCUGGCCCGAGGACAAGGUGACCGUCCGGCUGUUGGAGCAGAUGGCCCAGGUGUGCUGCAGAGCGGAGGAGGUGUGGCUGGCCGAGCUGCAGGCACCUGCCCCGGAGCUGGGGGCACAGGCACCCGCCUACAGGCCUGUUUCUCGGAAUAUCGACGUCCCCAAGAGGAAGUCGGACGCAGUGGAGAUGGAUGAGAUGAUGGCGGCCAUGGUGCUCACCUCCCUGUCCUGCAGCCCGGUGGUGCAGAGUCCCCCCGGGGCCGAGGCCAGCUUCUCAGUGUCCCGAGCGGCCUGCGACCUGUGGAAGGAGAGCGGUGACGUGUCGGACAGCGGCAGCAGCACCACCAGCGGGCACUGGAGCGGGAGCAGCGGGGUCUCCACCCCCUCGCCCCCCCAUCCCCAGGCGAGCCCCAAGUAUUUGGGGGACGCCUUUGGUUCUCCCCAAACUGAUCAUGGAUUUGAGACCGAUCCAGAUGCUUUCCUGUUGGAUGAACCAGCUCCACGGAAAAGAAAGAACUCGGUCAAGGUGAUGUACAAGUGCCUGUGGCCCAACUGUGGCAAAGUCCUGCGCUCCAUCGUGGGCAUCAAAAGACACGUGAAGACCCUCCACCUGGGGGACACCGUGGACUCCGACCAGUUCAAGCGGGAAGAGGAUUUCUACUACACGGAGGUGCAGGUGAAGGAGGAAGCCGCGGCUGCUGCUGUGGCCCCCAUGGCUGACUCAGCGCCUGCCCCCAGCAUGACCAGCCCGCCCCUGGCCAUCCUCCCGCCGCCGCCCAAGGCGCAGGGUUCGGGAGCCGAACACCCAGGCCUGGAGUCCUACCUGUCCCCGGGCGCUCUCAGCAAGUCCGCGCCUGGCUCCUUCUGGCACAUUCAGGCCGACCACGCCUACCAGGCUCUGCCAUCCUUUCAGAUCCCUGUCUCGCCCCACAUCUACACCAGUAUUAGCUGGGCGGCCGCACCCUCCACAGCCUCCUCCCUCUCUCCGGUCCGGAGCCGGUCGCUCAGCUUCAGCGAGCCCCAGCCGCCGCCGCCUGCCAUGAAGUCUCACCUGAUUGUCACGUCUCCUCCCCGGGCCCAGAGCAGCGCCAGGAAGGCCCGCGGGGAGGCCAAGAAGUGCCGCAAGGUGUACGGCAUCGAGCACCGGGACCAGUGGUGCACGGCCUGCCGCUGGAAGAAGGCGUGCCAGCGCUUCCUGGACUGAGCCGCGCCCGGGCGCCCGGCCCGCGGCCUCCGCCUCCAGGCCGCCGCAGAGCCUGAGCAGAGAGGGUGGACCUCGGGUGUUCGGGAUCUGUUAGCUGAGGCCUAACCGAUCAAACACGGUCCCUCCUGGUGGGAACAUUUUUUUUUUUAACGAAAAGAAACGUGAUUAUUUUUUCCCCUAAAAUAGGAGAGCGAACCGAAACUGACCCAGGGUAUUCUACAGCGCACCAGAGACCAAAGAAUCGGUGACACCCCGCCACCUCCCGCCUCUCUAGGGGAUUCCUUUGUAAGCUCCAAAGAGGGACCAGCUCGCCCUCUUUCCUACAGAGUUGGGGGAUUCUUUGCCUUCUCCGCUCUUCCAGAAGGGACUGUGAGCAAGAUGAAUUGACUUUUCUUUAAAAAAACAAAACAAAAUACAAAUCGCAGGUUUCCGGCUGACUUGGAGCAGGACUGGCGGGACUGGGGUGGGCGGAGCGGGGUACCUGCUUGCCUUGUGAGGUGCAGUGGCCCCUCCUCUGCCCGCUUGCAUCGGAGGAGAGCCCGGCCCUCACCAAAGCAGCUUCCGCGGAAGCAGACGGAAGGCCCCUUCUUGGUGACAACGGCUUGAACCCGGUUCUCUGAGACAUCGGGUGCACCCCAAAAACAUUACAAGGCUCUUUGCAAAGCCCAGAUGAAGAGGCUGGUAAGUCCAGCCAGUGGGCAGUAGGAAUUCAUUGGUUAAAACACUACGUGAGCCUUCUCGCCUCUUCCCCAGGAGAUGAGCCCGGAGGGCCUCCAGCACCUGUGAGCUUGGCCCGGCCCCAGUAACGCCCCUCGCCACGUGUCCUCCCCCGGCACUUGGUUCUCAGAGUAUUCAGAAGCUUCUCUCUGAUUAAAACCCCCUUUUAUUUGGGUGCCCUGGUGACCCUGGGUGGUCCUUUUGGAUUUUACCAGGAACUCCCCCAUUUCCCUCCCAAGGCUGCUGCGGGGCUGGUGUGGAGAGGGAGAAGCAAACCCAUGGAAAGGUCAGCGGCAGCUGCCCCCUCAAUGGUGAGGGAGCUGGUGGGUCACCUUCCCCUUUGGGGACUGCCCAGUCUUCCUCCCAGCCGGACUGGACUCUGCAGCUCGUGCAGAGGGGCGUGGAUUCCUGCUUUGUCGGUCAAGUGUCGGUGUUGAGGAGGGUCCGCUUGAGGUGGUGACCCAGUCUCUUGCCUGAAGGCUGGACAGAUGCGGCAGAGCGCCGCCUGGGGGCAGUGGGAUCCCGGGAGGCGGUGGGGGAGGGCUUGCAUCCUGGCGCUGCAGACCUGUGCAUUUCUGAGCCCUCAAGAGUGGGGGGCGCUGGGUCGAUGGCUGGGGAGGCAGAGGGCCACGCUGUUCUUGAGAGGGUGGGAGACGUGGGUGGGGACUUUCAUGCCUGCCAGCAGCGACCAGCUGGGCCCUGCAGGGAAUCUCCUCUUUCUCCCGAGGGUGACUGGUCUGGGGAUUCCUCGGUACCUGUUUGAACACUUCCUGGAGCCACGUCUGAAUCCCACCGAGCCCCCCCUCCUACGGUGGGGCAGCAGCACCCCCCGCACCCCUGGUUCUGAUGGAGGCCAGCCUCUGGGCCCCAGGUGGAAAUCCUUGGCUGCUGACUUGCUUCCCGUGGGAAACGAGCAGAUGCUUUUCAUGCUAAGACUUGUUGGACGCCACCUGGAGGUAGAGGCGUGACGUGGGACGGUGACGGGGCAGGCGCAGGGUCUUCGGUGGCGACGGGGCGUGUUUUAGUGACUUAGUUAAACAAGCACAUAUGGAUUCUGUCCCGGGGCCGUCUCAACACUGGGCCAGCUGGGGGUGGCCCGGUUCCUCUGUCCCUCCCGCCUCCUGAGAAAGACGAGUCUGAGCGGUGGGAGGUGUGGGCAGCCUCCAGACCCGGGACCCGCCCGGGAGCCUCUUCCCUGCUUCAGCCAGCGCCUGCCGUUCGCGUUCCCCCUCAGCCGGGAGGCCGGCAUGUAAAGUACUGACUCCGAAGAUUUCUCUCCCAGUGGGGUGGGUGUCUCCGUCACCGGUGCCCGGGGCAGAAAAGGAGCCAGGAGGAAGGAUUGACGAGGCAGCUUAACCACAGAGGGGGCUGGAUGAUUUUUUUUAAGCUUUUGUUUUGGGGCUGCCUCCCCUGCCUGCCUCCGCCCCUGACCCCUUGGGGGUGGCCGCCCCUCUGGCCCUUGACCCUCCCCCCGGCGCCCUCAGUGGCCCGUGUUGGUCCUUGACAAGCCUCGGGGCUGCCCCCUUUGUUGCCGCUCGGGGACUGACCAGGCCAUCCCACCCGGUCUCUCCUGUCUUUCCCGGCUCCCCAACCCCCCAGGGAGGAGACCCUGAUGGCUGAGGCCACGGUGUGCUCUGGACGGCUAACAGGUCCGGCUUUCAAAGCAGUUACCUGGGGCAGCCGUUUACUCCAGAAGUCCCCCUUCCUCUGAAAUCUCUUGGAAUCACCCUUUGGCGUCUGUGGCGGCCACAUUGAAGGCCCUUAAUGACAUGGACGCUGCCCCCACGUCGCGAGUGCGCUGGUCAGGCCCGUCCCGGGUGCCGGCACACGGACCGACUAGGGAAGAAAACAGCCUGGGCUUCACUCUGACUUUCGAGCCGGCUGUGAAAGCGAUUUGGUAAUUUUAGAGAGUGUUCUGGACAAGGUGAGCCUCUGGCUUGACUCCUUGGAGGACGUGAUGCUUUGGAGUGGGGAAGCCUGAUUGGUUUGACAUCUGACGUGUUAGUUUCUGGCCUGCCCAGGUUCUGACUUGAUCAGGGGCCAACAACAACAACAACAACAACAACAAAGAGGGAGCGAGAUCCCAUCUGUGAAUUUGUCUUCUUGGCGCCUUCUCCCCAGCUGUCUUCCAAGUAUUAUUUUUACUGUUAAAAAUUUUUUUAAAAAAUGUGAAAUGUAAUGUUUUUACAGCAACAAUAUGAAAUAUAUUUUAUAAGGAAUAAAACG